GCGGCAGGUUUUUCACGUUACUUUCUUCAUUUUUGGAGGUUGGGAGAUGUUCAUGUCGCAAAAAGGGGAAAAAAUAAAAAUCUAAAACCCAAAAUUCAAAUACUCUGCAAAUGCGAGAGUGGUAACUCACUGAGUCUGUGACUCGGCACUCUGCAACUCUCUGAGUUUCCUGUCCAACAAUGGCUUUGGAGGACGACGACUGGGAUUUGAGCGCCGAAGAAUUCGACUCUCUCGAAAGAGACGCGUUCCAGAAACUCGCUCAGCAACGCGUCAACUCCGCUUCCACUUGUUCUUCCUCCUCCUCAUCUUAUCCUUCAUACGAUCACCGCCAGGUGCACCAGUCUUUCCUUGCCACGAACAAUUACAACAGCAACUGCAGCUUCCAGAGUUCCCCUGCGAAACCCGUUUCGAAUUCUCUUCCGAACAAGGUAGCACCUUUGUCAACCGGAACUAGAGUAUUACCUCCAUCAGUCCCAUGUAAAGUAAACCUGGAAUAUGAACGACUAAAAGAGCUACCGAAGAUCACUGUUAAAUUUUUUCUUCAUGCUAGCGGAAACAUUGCUGCAAAAUUUCCUUAUGACCAGGGGGUAGUAGGUGCUGUUCGCAAAAUCCCCAAAGCCACAUGGUAUGCAAAAGAAAGGUUAUGGAUGUUUCCUAUACCUUCUUUGUCAUCUGCAGAGAAAGUUCUUCAUGAGACAUCUAGUGUUAAUGUUGAGAUAGAGAACUUAGAUCCCUUAGUCCACCGUGCUAUUGCUGCUGCCUCUGUUGUUCCAGACCUUCGAGACCAAUAUGAUAGGAUACCUAGUUGUAUUGAAUCAAAGCUCUUGCCAUUUCAGCGAGAAGGUGUUAGGUUUAUUUUGCAGCACGGGGGGCGUGCUCUCCUCGCAGAUGAAAUGGGAUUGGGAAAGACUUUACAGGCUAUUGCUGUUGCAUCUUGUGUUCGUGACUCUUGGCCUGUUCUUAUAAUCACACCGUCUUCCUUGCGUUUGCAAUGGGCCUCUAUGAUUCAACAAUGGAUGGACAUCCCUUCAUCAGAUAUACUUGUUGUUUUGUCUCAAUGUGGUGGGUCAAACAAAAGCGGGUUUACAAUUGUAUCCUCAAACGUCAAAGGGACCAUUCAUCUUGAUGGCCUAUUUAACAUCAUCUCCUAUGAUGUAGUCCCUAAAAUACAGAAUCUACUAUUGGCAUCAGAGUUUAAGGUUGUGAUUGCAGAUGAGUCACACUUUUUGAAAAAUGCUCAAGCAAAAAGAACAAGUGCCUGCCUUCCUGUCAUAAAGCACCUGUCUCAGAGGGACCAUUUGUAUAUAUGUAUUUUGAGGUGUACUAACAAUAAGAGGGCUCAAUACGCAAUAUUGUUGAGUGGUACUCCUGCUUUGUCCCGACCGAUUGAACUAUUUAAGCAGCUUGAAGCCUUGUAUCCUGAUGUAUACAAAAGUGUUCACGAAUAUGGUAAUCGAUAUUGCAAGGGAGGAACGUUUGGAUUGUAUCAAGGUGCAUGUAACCAUGAAGAAUUGCAUAAUUUGAUGAAGGCAACAGUGAUGAUUCGCAGACUAAAAAAUGAUGUUCUUUCUGAGCUUCCUGUGAAGCGUAGGCAACAGGUCUUUUUGGAUUUGGCUGAAAAGGACAUGAAACAAAUCAAUGCUUUAUUCCGGGAGUUGGAAGUGGUAAAAGGGAAAAUUAAGGCCUGCCAAUCCAAAGAAGAGGUUGAUUCACUUAAGUUUACUGAGAAGAAUCUUAUUAAUAAGAUUUAUACUGAUUCUGCUGAGGCUAAGAUCCCUGCAGUUUUGGAUUACCUGGGAACUGUCAUUGAGGCAGGCUGCAAGUUUCUAGUAUUUGCACACCAUCAGUCCAUGAUUGAUUCGAUAUAUCAGUUUCUUCUGAAAAAGAAAGUGGGUUGCAUUCGAAUUGAUGGAAGUAUCCCUACUGUUGCGAGGCAAGCUUAUGUUACAGAAUUUCAAGAAAAAGAUUCUAUCAAGGCAGCAGUGCUAUCUAUUAAAGCUGGAGGCGUUGGAUUAACUUUGACAGCUGCAAGCACUGUUAUUUUUGCAGAAUUGUCAUGGACUCCUGGCGACCUAAUUCAAGCUGAAGAUCGUGCUCAUAGAAUAGGCCAGGUGGCUUCGGUCAAUAUAUAUUACCUUCUGGCAAACGAUACAGUUGAUGACAUCAUAUGGGAUGUUGUUCAGAGCAAGUUGGAAAAUCUGGGACAGAUGCUCGAUGGCCAGGAGAAUACUAUGGAAGUUGCAGCCAGCCAGACCCGAAUCACCCCUGCAAGCCAGCCGCGAAGCAGCCCUGCAAAGCAAAAACUUGCAUUCAGCCAACCGGGAAGCAGUCCAUCAAAGCAGAAAACACUCGACUCUUACAUGAAGCGUUGCAACAGCAGGGAAGACCCCAAAAGUCAGCCUAAGUUCAAAACCCAAAGGCCCUGAAUGAAGGCUAUGCUGUACAAAAUGUUAAUUUUGCCUGUUUGAAAUGCGUUGAAAGCACAAUAUCGAAGCCAAACUAGUAAUGUGAAGGGUUCUCUUCCCGUUCGAGGUUCAUCCUUUAACUCACCUGUGUAAGAUGUCUGGAAAGAGGUUUUGCCAAGUUGUCUGCAACUGCAACAAAGAGCGUUGAAGAAUUAUAUCGAAAGUUCCGACUGGGAUUUUCCUAUGUUCACUUAUUGUUUGCACGCGCUACUAUAUAUUGAAGAUCCUAACUGGUUCUGGGCUUGUUUCGGUUAAUGUAAUGUGUAGGAGUAGUUCUGUUUACACCCAAUGCAUACAAGCUUGUUUCUGCAUGUUUACAAUCCAGAUUUGCACGUUUUGGUAGCAUAACUUGUUUCGGCCAUCGAGACCAAUUGGAUCCUUAUUUUGUUAGG